CUGCUGCACUGUUGGUAUCGCAGCGCCACUUGAAGGACUUGAAGGCGAGGAGCCGCCAGUAUAAAGGUUCGCGGCGGUCCGCGCCGGCUCACUCCACGAUGAAGACCUCCAUCAGCAUCGCCCUGGCCCUCGUCGCCGCCCUGGCGUGCGCCCACGGCGCCGCCGUGGCCAAGCAGGGCGUCAGCCUGAACCCCAUGGUCAAGCCCAUGGUGUGGCCCAUGCCCAGCAUCGGCGGCGACUUCAUCAGCGAGGAGAUCAUCGGCGGCACGGACGCCGACCCCGCCGAGUUCCCCCACCAGGUGUCCAUGCAGGUGUCCAUGCUGUGGAUCGUGGAGCAGCACAUCUGCGGCGGCACCAUCCUCAACGAGGAGUGGGUGCUGACGGCGGGCCACUGCGUCAAGGGCGUGCCAUGGUACACCAGCGCCUUCAUCCUGGCCGGCAAGACCAACCUGGGCGUCAAGGAGGCGGGCCAGCAGCGCAGCGCCGUCAAGAAGAUGUUCACCCACGAGAAGUUCCGCGGCGGCGUCGGCCCCUACGACAUCGGCCUGCUGCACCUCAAGACCAAGCUCGUGCUCUCCGACACCAUCAAGCCCGCCAAGCUGCCCGCCCAGGGCGCCGUCCCCACCGGUCAGGCCACCCUCAGCGGCUGGGGCAGCAUCAGCACCUCCCAGGAGCUCGUCAUGCCCAAGCAGCUGCAGAAGCUGGACCUGCCCAUCAUCCCCUUCGACGCGUGCAACGACGCCAUCCAGAAGCUGUCGGACGCGAACGGCGAGAAGAACCCCCUCGUCGAGUCGAGCAACGUGUGCGUCGGCCACCUCGACAAGGCCGGCCAGGGCGCGUGCAACGGUGACAGCGGCGGCCCCCUCAUCCAGGUCGUCGACGGCGAGGUCGUGGUGAUCGGCGCCACCUCCUGGGGCUACUUCCCCUGCCAGGCCGAGGCCGCCCCCUCCGUGUACACCAAGGUGUCCGCCUUCGUGGACUGGAUCAACGAGAACAUCGCCCCCGCCCACUAAACCGGCCGCUCGCAAACUCCCCCUACCAAAGCUGCAUACCAAAAUAAAAUCGCUAUUUAUCUCGCAACAAA